CAUUCAACCAUCAAAUCCAAAGGUUGUGCGUUCCUAACAAAGCAAUUCGAUAAAAAAGACAUACAUUUCAAAUUUUAUAAUUUGUGAAAAAAUAAAACGAGAUUUUUUACAAGAAAAACAUUGAAUCAUCAAAAAAAUAAAGAAAUCGAAAGAAAAAAAUACCACAAAGACUUAAAGCAAAGUGCAAAGCCUAAAAGAAAAAGACUACAACUAAUUACAAGAAAUUGUGUAAUUCAAAGAAAUCAGUUUUUAUUUGUAAAAAAAACAAAGAACAACAAACCAAAGCAGCAAAAUGGCCGUGGCUUUCUAUAUACCCGAUCAAGCCGCUCUAAUGCGUAAGGCCCGUCAGCAGGAGCAACAAAUUUUGGCAAUGCGUGAGGCCCAUUGGCGUUAUGUGGCCUCGGUGGUCUAUGAUGUGUUGAGACAAUAUCUUCAAGCCACUCCAUCCAUAUUGGGGCGUAGCUGCAGCAGUGCUGCCCAACAGUCAGACAAAUCAUCCAAGAAAUAAACAACCCCAUCAUUACUAAACCUAACCAAAAGCAGUGGGGGAAAUUCAAAGAUCCAGCCAGCCAGCCAAGCCUACCAACAAAGAUGCCAUAGUACAAAAACCAAUUUUAAGAAAAUUAUUUUCAAAACCACAAAAAGAAAACAACCCGUCGGCUAAAACAACGAAAUUCAAUAUAAAAAAAGCUUUUUUUUUCAAAUAUUUUUAGAAAAAUCCCAUGAUUAUCUGAUAAUUGAUAAAUAAUUUUGAUUUUCUUCUAUUUUGUAUAUCUCCAUAAAUUUAAAUAUUUUCCCAAAACUCAUCAAAGCGAUUGUGAUAAGAAUUUUCGUUGUUAUUUUUCUGAGUUUUAUUUUUUUUUUUUUUUUUUGUAAUGGUAAAAAAUUGAAAGUCUUUUCUUUAAUGAUUAUUUUUUGUAAAUUUUUGAAUUUCACCCCCUCACCGCCCCCACUUAAAUUAAAAUUAAAACAUUAUGUAAUAUAUAGUUUUUAAGCAUUAUUUUAGUUUUAAACAAAGGAAAAAACCAAGAUUUCGCCUAAACAAACAAAAAUUGUAUCAAUUUUUGUUUCUAUUAUUAUUAAUAUGAAUUUUAGUUUUAAUAUGAAUGAGAAAUAAUAAUACAAUUACAAA